CUACUUUGUAUCCGUUUGCGGCCGCGAAUGUUCCAUUUCCCGAGCCCUGCGACAGGCUCUGCUCCCCGCCUCCCUCCCAGAGCGAGACAGCCAAGGGCACGCGGGCCUUGCCGCAGCCCAGCCUGCCAGCGCCUCGGAGGCGGGGGGGAGCGAGGGGAGCCGGCUGCCUUCGCCCAGUGACCUGCCACGGAGCUGCUGGAUUGGAUCACUCCCAGACGACCAGAACUCUUUUAAAAUAUUUUGGGUGGAUAAGAUGUGCCAUGGAAUGGUAGCACCAAAGAGCAACACAGCAUCACCACUUGCCUUGACUGGUCAUGGAUUAUUUCUUCCGUUAAUUAUCUUCAGCUCUUUCAUCUUGGAGGGAUUGACCUCAGUUUGCCCCCGUCCACCGGAGCCUGAGAAUGGAGGCUACAAAUGCCAUCCAACUCCUUGCAGUGACCCUCUGACAUCCGACAGCGUCAUAGAGUAUGUAUGUGAUGAAGGCUACAUGCUAAAGGGAGAUUACAAAUACUUGACGUGCAAGAAUGGAGAAUGGAAUCCAGCCAUGGAAAUUAGCUGUAGGCUAAGCCAAGAUAAAGAUUCGCCCCCGACAAUCGGGGUGCCCACCCUCUCCAUAGUGGCCUCCACAGCAAGUUCAGUAGCUCUGAUCCUUCUCUUAGUUGUACUGUUCGUUUUGCUGCAGCCAAAGCUGAAGUCUUUUCAUCACAGCAGACGUGAUCAAGGUGUAUCUGGGGAUCAGGUCUCCAUGAUGGUGGAUGGUGUCCAGGUGGCCUUGCCGUCCUACGAAGAAGCAGUCUAUGGCAGCGCAGGGAACUGCAUUCCACCCUCAGAUUCACGGGUACAGAUUGUGCUGUCAGAGGGAGCUGGGCAGAGUGGAACAAGUGAGAUGCAGCAGCAGCAGGACCAAGGGGCUCGGGACUGCUUUGUUGGAGAGGACGAGGCCCCAGGACGCUCUGGACUGUGUGAAGCCAGUGGCUCUCAACGCUCUGAAACUGUUCUCGUACACCAGGCCACCACCUCUUCCUGGGUAGCUGGCAUGGCAAGCAGUAGACCUGUGCACAAAGAUGCUCAAGACUCAGAAAGCAGUGAUAUACAAAGCCUUUUAUCACUUACUUCCUCGGAGGAAUACACAGACGAUAUUCCAUUGUUGAAGGAAGCAUGAGGCCUGCUGCACUUGUUUAGCCUUCUCCCUCUUGGUUUCCCCUCUUCUUCCUUGGGAUGCAAGCAUUCUGUGCAGCCUUCCCCACCUUCACGAGCUGGGCCCUGGAUACCUCCAAGCAGAGACCCUUCAGCUGAAGAUCCAAAGGAUUUCGCCAGGUUGUCUCCUCGAUGCGCCAUUCGGGUUGGUGCGGUGUCGGCCUUCCCAUUCCAUCUGCAUUAGGGGCUUGAGUAAUGUAAUGGAUUUGAGCUCCUCCCUCUUCUUCCCUCCCUGUGCCAGAUGUUUGACUGCAGCCUCUGGAGAGCUGCUAUUUACUUGUGCCUUUCUCCUUCUCACACCGGCUUGUCGCAGCUUCUCACAGGCCUCGCUAGCUCUUCAGCAGCCCAGAGAGCAGGGACCAAGAACUGCUUGCUCAUUGGGUGCAGAUAUAGUUUAUAUAAAGAUCUUUCUUCCAGUAUCCUCUUGGUGACUAGGGCAGGACAGAACUCUCCAAGAGGGCUGAACCUGGGCUUGGGAAAAGUUCCAAUAUGGGUAAUUUACACUAUCCAGCAGUGCUCAUAGUUUUUAAAAAUAAAGUGGUAUGUUCUAUAACUUACAUGCAUAUUAACAAUUAGGCAUCACUGACUAUUGUAAAGGCAGAGAAGUCUGAGGUCUUUUACAAGAUUUUUGGAAACACCUGACGAUUUUUUCUUCCUCUCCUUCAUGCCUUCUUUGUUAUCCCCGUAUCUUCCCCACAAAAUAUACAUACACCCUGGAUGUAGCAGAGUAACAGUUUCUCUGCAAGAUUCCAUUCCAAAAAAUUCCACUGUCUCGUUCUUUCAUUGACCUCACAAUCCACUCAGUUUUUGUGUUUCCUGAAGUCUAGGGCUGUCUCUACUCUGAGAAAUUUUACCAGUUCCUUCCAGUGCUGGUCUAUCACAGGGGCAGCUCCUGGUGCUAAACUCUAGGAGAAUUUCUGCGAAAGGCUAGUUGUAGACAAGGCUGAGAAGCAAAAAAACUUACAGUACAACCCUGAUUAUCUGAUGUCCAGUUAACCAAGCCUAUGUUAACUGCAGGUUAGUCACAUUCUGCUGACACGGUGUGCCAUGAUUGUGGUCCAGUUUAUCCAAAGGCCUGUUCUUUUGCAGGUAUCGGGUGUCUGACGCUUUUUUAAAAUAUCAGUUUUCCUGCAUAACUGUUUGGGUUUGCCUACCACCAACAACUUUUAACUUGACAUGACAGUAAAAAUGGAAACGUCAUUUAGAAACAUUGUCCCUUACUCCGUCAAUUUUCCAGGAAACGUAAGGGCUUUUUAAUGUGUUAUCUGGAUUCAUUGGCCCUUUUUUAUGUUUACAGUUUUGUCCGCAGAAAUAUUAACAUUGUCAGCUAAUGCUGGGGUUUUUGGUUAGCAUCCCCAAUUAGCUGGCAAGAGAUACCAUAACACAUGGUACUCAAAUACAGCAUUCCACUUUCUAAAUAGUUGCAGCAUGUCUUCAUAACCUUAAAUGGAAAGAGUUGUGCUGUUGUUUGAUCCUAAUGGGACCGCUUGGUGCAUUUGGAGCUGCUCCCACAUGUGGGCCUCUUCUUCACAGGGAGGGGGAACAAUGUGUUUGCUAAAACCCCUUCUGAAGAGUGGAGUUGACACAGUUUGGUUGUGUGGCCAUUAUGGAGACAGCAGAGCAGUUUUUAAACAGUUACCUGGAGCAGGACCCUCCCCAGUCCAGAGCAUGAGUUUUAAUGACUCUCUUGACAGAGCUGUCUUAAAAUAAGCCUAGGAAUACAUUCCUUGUCCCUUGUGUAUGUAGGGCCUGGUGUGACAUACUGGAGGUUGUUACAUAUAUCGUUUACUGCAUGAAUGGUCCUGCACAAGGGACAGCUGUGUCCCAUGGCCAAAUGCAUGUUUGGGGCUGCUUGGUGGAUUUAAAGGAGUUAAGCAGGGAGGACAAGGGAACAGUUUCCCUGGAGUUGGUUCCAGCAGCAGUGCUUGGCCCAUCAAAAAAAAGUCUAUGCAGCUCAUUAGUUGAACUAAGGCAAAAGUUAAACUAAGGCUGGGGAUGGAGGUGUGUGUGUGCUCACCCUAGUACCCUAGUCAGGUGGUCAACCAGCAGUUGCCCUAAAGGGAAGCCGGUAAAUUUGUAUUUGAAAUGGAGGGAACAAUGAGAUGUGGCUUUACUCAGCAAGCUGUGACUUCUGGGUGAAUACCUCAGCCCCCUUCCUCUCCCCUUUAUAAUUGUACUCCCUACCCAGAGCAGUGAUUAUAUUAGAAUACUUAAUGUUAUAUAACACUUUAAAAUGGAUUAUUGCUGCAGUAACUGAGGUUAGGCUCCAGCUGCAGUGGGCAGGGAUUGGCUGCAAUGUAUAGCCAGCAACCUGCCUCCCCUGCUCAUUAAAUUCCCUAAUGCAUUUGCCUGUUAAUUCCCAGGACAGCUGUAACAGUGGGUGUGUAUAUGGGGAGCAGCUCUCUUUCCCCCAUCCCGUGUAUCUCGUAAAUUAAGUUGCAAGAAUUGUUUUAAAGAGACACUGUCAAGUUAAAAAUAGUAUAUUUUAAACAAAUUUCUUUACCUAUUACAACACCCUAGGUUACUGCAAGAAUUUGACAAAUCCAACUUUCACUAUCCUUGGUGGGUUUGUUUCUGUCUCAGUUUGGACAAUAAAAAACAAACUUGUUUCAUUUCCAGCUCAAUGGUGCUGCAGUAUUUGGCUUUCAGACAGUGCAGGCCAUAAGUGUAUUAGUUUGUAAACUGUUUCCAUUGGAAUUUAAAAAAACAUCAGCAUGGAAAUAUUUCUACUGUUUUAAAAUUGUUCUUCUACAAAAUCCCAUGUUUGAAGUAAGUGUCCCUAUAACCUGGUCUCUCACUUCUUAUCGAAGUGCAAACACUGACCUUGUUUUCUUCUCUUCAAACAAAUACAAAAUAGAAUGAAUUGCUCUCUAAUUAGCUUAAGGUUCCCUGGUAACUAAAGCUGACACCCAGCAGCCUGGGUGCAAAGGCCAGGUGCCACACUUUUCAGCUGACAGAAGAGCAUUUUCUUAAUGGAGCUGGAAUUUGAUCCCAGGGCCUGACCUUGCUUUGAAUGCUGAAACUGACAGUCCUGCACCUAACGAAGCACAUAGUGGCUGUGUCCACGAACCCCCACUCACAAUAGUGUGGUUAGCCACCAGUCUGAGAGAAAUAAUCAAUUGGAGAAAAACAACAGAAGGGGACCUUAAUUUUGUUUAGAGUCCCUCAGAGUUUCUUUCCUGGGAGCGAGGGGUGUGGGGAGAGGGAAAAGAUGUGGCUGUAAUCAGCAGAAAUGGACAAUCAUUGUCUCUUAGAUUUUAAGAGGAUAAAACAGCAGCUAUUGAUAGUGGAGAUGGCUUUUCAUGGGAGGAUCUAAUUGUACCCUGCUGGCUGGUAAUCUCUGAUGCCCUUAGAUGCCUUGGCGGUUGCAGAAAACCAACGUGCCACUUUCCUCUGUGGAAACAUCCAUGCAGACUAGAGACAUUAGAUCUGAUGCAAGCCGGAACAAGCAGAAACAGCUUUUGGGCUGUUUCACCUUCCCAAGCAUUCAGUUUACUUUCAUAUAAAAUGAGAUCGAAUGAGGAGGGAAAAAACCUGUUUGAAAACUUAUCUGCUGGACUUCUAAAAGAAAAAAACAACCCUUUUUCUUUCUCUUUACUGAGCAAUAUGUGGAUCAUUACCUUCAUACCUUUAAAGUCUAAGGGAGACUUGAAGGGGCAGGAAUCAAUUUCUGGGAAGGGAAGAGAGCUAGAAAGAUAAGUGAGAUGCUGCACACUCAGAACUCCCAUUUUAGUCAGUGAAAGCAAGAACUGCAGAAUUCAGCCUUAAAAAACCCUUGCUUAUGAGCUCUCCCAUAACUUGAUAGCAUUAAAUUGGAGUGAAGAAUACAACGUUUCUUGCUGGAAUCAUAGACCAGGGUUGUCAAAAGGAGACAGUCCCCCUAUAGCAUUCCCAACAUGAUGCAGUUUUGUGUUGUCUUACACAUGCUGUACCCUGAAAUGCUUAACAAGAACAUUCAAAUGAUUUAAUUAUACAUGAAAAUUAAAAAUAACUAGCACUUGUAAGGAGGUACAAAACAUAAAGGGACACUGUCGGGAGAAAUUUACAAAACACUGCGUGCAAAAGAAAUUCUUCCAUGAUUUCCUUUCUAUUCCAAUUGAAAAAUGUUUUUUCAAACAAGGAUAUUCCUCUGCCGUGUUUGCAAUCCAACUAUUACAGUACCAGGCUAGUGAAACUGACUACAAAUGAAAGUGAACUGGAUUGGUCUCUUCUCAGUGCCCAAAUUAUAGAGUGCAGCGUGAAUUAAAAGCAAAUUUUAAUCAUGUCAGUGUUGGGAUAAUAUAAAGGGAUUAGUAACAGGUAAGGGAAUGUUGGUGGUUUGUGUUUGUUUUUUGUUUUUUAAAAAUAAAUAAGGGCCUCACUCCACUGCAGGUGGAAGGAGCAGGGUUCUUCAGCGUUCUUCUCCUUUGUAGGACUGCUGCACAAUUAGAGCUCUGUGGCUCUGGGAGGGAGGAGAGCCAGAGGAUUUCCAUCCUUUUAAACCAACAGCAAACUUGCAACAUAAAUUACGCUCUGUGAGCAUCAUCUUACGUAUUUCCCCUUGGAAGUGAACUCUCUCAGGAUUUCCCCAUUUAACAAUUUGACAACUUUUAUGCUUCUGGAGGUGUGACUUGCCCUAACAGCACAUGGAGUAAUUUGGGAGAGUGAGAAAUAUUGACAUUAUUCCAGAAGGAAGUACAAGACUCCCCCAAGAGUGGAGAAUUUGGGUUGAUUUGAAUUGGGAUUCAGUGAGCGCAGCAAGUUCUGCUGUAGGACAUAAGCUGGGCUGGGAGAUCAUUGCUGUGAGUACAGAAGACAGAGCACCUAGGGGUGAGCGAGUGAGUAGGAGCUGUUAUUAAAAGCUCCAGCAAGCCCUGUAGGUGUCUCAGACUAUUGGGUGCAAAUGCGUAUAAUGUGAGCCCAUAAGGAAGGGUUCACUGUGCCUAGAUGAUCAGAUACUAAAAACCAGUGAUUCCGCCAUGUAAAAAUGUGGAGACGCAGCAAGAUAGAAAUGUUCAGAUUUCCUUGCUGAUCUGUUUACAACAUGUCAUGUUAGAUAAUUUGAAAAAUUAGUUUAUUUUUGGACAGCAAUUGUUUUAUUAAUAUUCUUCACUUCACCCAGCCUGGACAGCAGAACUAGUAUAAUCUGUUUCACUUUCUGGUUCUCAGACACUAGCAUAGUAAAUUUCAUCCUGCAAAGAAGGAACUGCCAAUUAAAUUUGAUGAAAACAUUUGUUCUCAGAAACUUGUAGUUAAGAAGUUUCAGUUCUCUCUGUAAGAGGCCUUGGAAGCAUAGAGAGGCUGCCUAAGCCUGGCUUCAUUUGAGGGAGUGUUUUUAUAUUGGAAGUGAAUCUUCUGCCAACAUUUCAGAACCUUGUGAAAAAAA